AUGUACGCAACGGUCCGACUGGCCCGCGCAAGCCGCAUUUGCCUGCAGCGGGCUCCUUCGUCGCGAAUAACUGCAGCCGCCGCCAGCCCUGUUGAGCCGGCCUGUCUCGCAUGCGCGCCGCCGCUUCCGACCACCACCACCCCCCGCAGAGCGCUAUGCAGCUCGAGUCCUCGACAGCGACCGGGCCGCGGCGACAAAGGCCAGCAGCGGCAGCAGCAGCCAGAGCACGUCACGGGCACAUGGGAGAGGCCAGCCGAUUUUCAACGGCCGCGGCGCCGCCCCGAUAUCUGGAGCGAGGCGGGGUACUACCGGUUCGACCCCAGAGGAGGCUACGACGACAAUGGCUCAUCAGGAGCACCACCGCCGCCGCGUCGGACGGCGCGCGAGGCAGCAUCCGGGCCGCAGUCAAAAGCGGCAGUGGCGGCGGUGAUGCUGGCGGCGGUGGCGUUUUACGUGUGGAACUCGCAGACGGUGCCGCUGACGGGACGCACGCGGUUCAACUUUUUGUCGGACGAGAUUGCGGAGCGCAUGAAUCCGCAGCCGGUCGAGAGCAUCCUCAGGCAAGUGUACGACGCGGGCGGGGUGAUUUUGUCGGAGAGGGACGUCAGGACGCAGAUUGUCAAGAAUGUCAUGAGGCGGCUGAUUCCUGUGAGCGGGUUGGCGGAUUUGAAGUGGGAGAUUUACGUCAUUGCAGAUGAUUCUCAGGCCAACGCAUUCGUCCUGCCCGGCGGCAAGGUGUUUGUGUUUAGCGGGCUCAUCAACAUGUGCGGCAACGAGGACGCGCUGGCGGCGGUGCUGGGCCACGAGAUUGCGCACCAGACGGCAUCGCACACGGCGGAGCGGCUGUCGCUGGCGUGGGUGGGCAACUUUACCACGGGCGCCCUCUUCUUCUUGGUCGGCACGCUGCCGGGGCUCGCGCUGUUUGCCAUGUGGACGGCGACGGGCGCGUUUGUGCUGCCCACGCUCAUGUUUGAGCUGCCCAUGAGCCGCACGCACGAGUACGAGGCCGACCACAUUGGGCUGAUGAUGAUGGCUGAGGCGUGCUACGACCCGCGCGCGUCGAUUGGGUUUUGGAAGCGGAUGAGCGCGCAGGGCCAAGAGAUUGAAGAGGUGCUGAGCACGCAUCCCUCGAAUAAUCAUAGAGUUGCGAGGCUCAAGAAGCUCAUGCCAGAAGCCUUGGCAAAGCGGGAGCAGAGCGACUGCAAGGGAACAGAGUCCUUUGCGCGAAGAUUCCGGUAUGCAAUGAAGCAAAGACAGUCUGAAAUGCCCCGCCCCGACACAAUGGCGUGA